AUGUCGUCGUCGGCGAGGGACGAGGAGGAGGAGGACUCGAAGCCGGCGGUGGCGCCCCUGUUCGUGACGCUCAAGGUGGUGGACCAGAAGCAGAACCUGGUGCGCCACACCAUCAGGACGACCGACAAGCUCCAGGCCGUCCUGGACAUGUACUACAGCAAGGUCCCCGGCGUCGAGUACGGCACCGGCACCUUCCACUUCGACGCCGUCCGCGUGGUCGGCUGGCGCACGCCGGCGGAGCUCGAGAUGGAGGACGGCGACGUGAUCGACUUCUUUGAGCGGCAGGAAGGCGGCGGUUUGGCUUUGGCCGCGUGA